AAAUCACAGCAACAAAUUUCACACUGAACCGACUCAAAGUCCAUUUUUUUUUUGCCUUCUAGAAAACUAAUCUCCUGACCCGUGGUGAUGGAGGAGAAACGCCGGGACGCGGGGAACUCACCGGCUGGACCGAGCUCAGCCGAGCUGGAGCCGGCAACAACUCGCCGUCGAGCUGGAGCACAAAAGAGGAAAGCUAAUUCUCUUUCCGGGUCCAGCUCAUCAUCGACGCCGUCGAAACGGGCUACACGGGAGAAGUCAUCUAACUUGAUCUCCCACUCUUCGAUCAACCAUAACGGUCCUUUAACUAGGGCUCGCCAAGGAGCGCCUAGUGGAAACCUAGCCUUGGGUUUGGGCUCCGGAUUCGGUGGCGCGAAGCUUGAGGAGAGGAUUUUGGUUAAAGAGAGUGUGAAGGCUGAAGAUUUGGAGGAAUUGAAUAAGGCAAGUGAAGAGUUGGAGGCUUUGGAAGCUAAGAUUGAAGCUGAGUUUGAAGCUGUUAGGUCUCGUGACAGUAAUGCGCACGUGGUUCCUAAUCAUUGCGGAUGGUUUUCAUGGAAAAAAGCUCACCAUGUGGAGGAAUGUAUAUUACCUUCAUUCUUUAAUGGGAAAUCCCCAGUGCGUACCCCUGAUGUGUACUUGGAGAUACGUAAUAGCAUUAUGAAGAAAUUUCAUGCAAAUCCGAGUGUACAAAUUGAGUCUAAAGAUCUGCCAGAUAUUGAAGUUGGCGACUUGGAUGCAAGGCAGGAAGUACUGGAGUUCUUGGACUACUGGGGUUUGAUUAACUUUCAUCCAUUCCCUCCAGGUGAUUCUGCCGUGGUCAGUGCUGAUGGUGAUUGUGACGGGAUAGCGAAAAAGGAUUCUUUGCUUGAAAAUUUGUUUCAUUUUGAGGUGAUUGAAUCGCGCCCAUCAGUUGUUCCCAAAGCUAACCUUUCAACUCCAUCUAUGCCAUCUGGGUUUCUUCCAGAGUCUGCAGUUCUUGAUGAUUUGUUGAGACUUGAGGGACCAUCUGUUGAUUACCAUUGCAACUCUUGUUCAGCUGAUUGCUCUCGGAAGCGCUACCAUUGCCAGAAGCAGGCAGAUUUUGACUUAUGUACUGAUUGCUUUAACAACCGGAAGUUUGGCUCUGGCAUGUCUUCUUCUGAUUUUAUUCUCAUGGAGCCUGGUGAGGCCUCUGGCCUUAGCGGCGGGAAGUGGACAGAUCAGGAAACUCUCCUUCUUCUCGAGGCACUAGAACUUUAUAAAGAAAACUGGAAUGAGAUUGCAGAGCAUGUUGCGACAAAAACCAAAGCUCAAUGCAUACUGCACUUUCUUCAAAUGCCAAUUGAGGAUGUAUUCUUUAAUUCUGAUGAUAAUAUAGACACUAAUUCCAAAGAAACAUCUGCACCUGCUGUAGUGACUGAUGAAACAUCUGUCCCUAAAGAUGUCUCUGAAGCAACAGAGACUAAGACUACUUCUCAGGAAGAUCAGGUUCCUCAAGAGGACCAGACCCAGACUACACCCGUGGAUGCUUCAAAACCUGAAGAUGAGAAAGAAAAGAGAGAGAGUGAGGAAAUGUCAAAACCUGAAACAGGAACCGACAUAAAAUGUGCUCCAGAAACAUCAAAGCCAGAAGAAAUGGAUGAAGCAAAAGAUGGACAAGACACCAAAGAAAAUUGUGCAAUUAUGGCUCUAAGGGAGGCAUUCGAAGCUGUUGGUUAUAAUUUAACAUCUGAGAGUACACUCUCAUUUGCUGAUGUGGGAAACCCCAUCAUGGCAUUGGCAGGAUUCUUUGCACGCCUUGCUGGGCCCAAAAUUGGUGCUGCUUCAGCACAGGCUUCACUGAAAGCAUUAUCUGGUAGUUCUCCCAACAUUCAACUGGCUGCAAGGAACUGCUUUCUUUUGGAAGAUCCACCAGAUGACAAGAAGGAACAAACUGGUUCUGAGAGUGUUGUCAAUGAUGUCGGUAAUCAGGAUGCUCAGAAUGUCGAAAAUUCAGAAAACAAAAGCCUCAAGGAGGACAAGUCCACCCCAGUUUUGGAUCAGAAAAGUUCAUCGAGCAACCAUGCAGACCAAAAUGCUGAAACUUCUCUUCCUGAAGAAAAGGUGACAUCAGCUUCACCUAAUUGCCUAUCCACUGAUAAGAAAGAGCCAGGUACUUCUGCAACCAGUAAGGAAGCUAAAAAGGCUAAUCAAUCAAAAGAUCAUGAACCAGGUGUAAUGAGGGGAUCAGAUAACUUGGCAUCCCAGGUUCCACCAAGUUCUGCGGAGGAGACUGGUGGGAAGGAAACCUCAGCACAAGAGUCUUCUCAACGAACAGAGGUUGUGAAGGAAGUAGAAAUGUCCGAGUCUGUUCCAUUAGAAAAGAAUGAGCCUUCUGAUGCAGCUGCAUCAGAGCCAGUGGCAGAGCUAUCUGAACCAACAGAGGCAUUGAAAAAUGUAGAGACGGUUUCUGGCUCUCCAUCUGGAGCAAAGAAUGAGCAACAACCAGUUAAAUCAAGUUCUGGUGGAGAGAUUUCUCAGCCUACAAAGGCAUCAAAUGAUAUAGAAAUGGUGUCUGAUUCACAGCCAUCAGAAAGGAGUGAACCUCAGCAACCAGUCACAUCUAAUUCAGUAAAUGAAAAUGGAACAAUCACAGAUGUGAUUAAAGAAGGUAAAAGUGAGAGCCAUACCUCUACAGAAACAAAAGAUGAUAGUAGCAUUGACAAAGUAAAGCGUGCUGCCGUAACAGCACUCUCAGCAGCUGCAGUGAAGGCCAAACUUCUUGCAGACCAGGAAGAGGAUCAAAUCCGGAAACUUACGACAUCAUUAAUAGAAAAGCAGUUUUCUAAGAUGGAAGCCAAAUUAGGUUUCUUCAAUGAAAUGGAGGGUCUCAUGAUGAGGGUAAAAGAGCAAUUAGACAGAUCAAGGCAAAAGCUUUACCAUGAACGAACUCAAAUUAUUGCAGCUCGACUGGGCCUACCAGCUUCCUCCUCUAGAGCAAUGCCACCAGCAAAUACCGCAAAUAGAAUUGCAACCAACUAUGCAAAUUCAGUCGCAAGGCCUCCGAUGAGAACAACUGCCGCAAGACCACCAAUGUCAAGACCUAUGGGGCCUAUGGCUCCUACCUCAUCCAACCCAUUUGUAUCUACAACAGUUGCAGGAAGUUCAAUCCGGCGUGCUAGCCAAGACAACCUUUCUUCAGUCAGAACAAAGUAGUCUCUUUUACUUGUGAAUAGAAUUUGUCAUCCAUUCUUAUACGACGGUCACCAAUCAUGAGGUUUUGCCAGUUACAGCGCCAGCAUCAAGAGCGUUGACUAUCUCCAACCGACCGAAUGGAGCUGGAAUCUCAUUGUCUUGGGAGGAAGGAGCAGAUGGUUAUUGUUCUCCCUUCGUCCCUACUCGAGUUAAAAACGUUUAAGUCAUCUAACCUGCAAUUUUUUUUACUGUGUCUGGAAUUUUGUAAGGAUAAUAGGUAGUUUGGGUACUCUUGCUGAAUUUAGUGCAAAAAUUAAACAUUCAUAUAACCUUGGUUACAGAACUCUUUGGUUGUCUUAAGGUGCAAGUGUGGCUGAUGUAACCCAUGUAAUCUAUUUAUUUAUGAUAUUUUAAUGUUAUGAUAUUUUAAUGUUAUAAA